AUGGUAACAAAUAGUAAUGUAUCGAAAAGAGACAAGGAAGAAGACCACAAAAAGGAUGAAUCACAGCAGAGUAGUAAUGAAGAAUCACAAGAGUACCAGUAUUUGGAUGAUGAUCCUACAUCAGAUUGUGAAUUACCUAAUGAAUUGUCUGAGGAAAUUAAUGGUUUGAAUGCCAAUGAAUUGUCAAUUCGAAAUACUUUGCUUGAAAUUCUCCAUCAAUAUCAAUCCAAGGAUGUUGAAUCAGACAAAAUACUAAUUAGUUUGAACUUCAUAAAUGGGAUAAUAGAUAUAACAAAUGUUAAUGUGAAGAAAAUAGUACAAUCAAAAUUGAGUGAAUUGAAUGAAGGACAACAAUGGUUUGAUCAAGUUCUCAAUAAAAAAACUUGGACUCCAACUUCUGAUAAUAAUCUUAAUUCAACAAAUCAACAACAUCGUCAUCAUCAACUAUCUUUGGAAUCAUCUUCUUUUUAUAAUAACAACAAUAGCACAAACAACUAUCACAAUAAUAAUAAUUAUAAUAAAAACAAUGACAAUAGAUUAUUAAACCUCAUGACAACUUCCCAAUCAGUUCAAGGCACUUCUGCUAAUAAUGCGCUCUAUGAAGAAAUAAGGGCACAAGAAAGACAAUUACUUGAAUGGAUAACAACUCAAAUAUAA